CUGGUUGUUUGCUGAUGUCAAGCAAAAGGAAAAAAAACCCGACUUCCUCGUACCGGGCUCACAGCUCUGAAAAACGCAGCUUCUCGUCGUCGCGCUUCUCAGCCCGCGACGGACCCCGCUCGUGAAAAAGCUGAGCGAAAACGCACAUUUUACAGCCCAUUUGUGGUUUUCGAGGACUCGUCUGACGCACAGGGACUGCAAACUGGACACAGGAACCAUUAUAAUGUGUGGAGUAUGAAUGGUCUGCACCGAGGAAGAGGAGAUGAAUGCUGAUGUUGCUGUUUUUCCAUCCGUGCACCCGUGGAGUAAAAUCCCAGCCACGACCUGUCUGAACCUCACGUACUCUGACACCCCUGCAUGGAUCUUCCCUUCACGUCUCCCUGUUCAAAACUCCUCCCGUGCUUCCAGUGAGAAAAUGUAUCCCCGUGAACCUGACCCAUCCCUGGACCCCCAGGACCCGGAGGCCCAGAUGGACUUCUUCCACAAGCUGGGGUACUCCACGGCUCAGGUUCGGGCCGUUCAGCAGAAGUUCGGCCCCAACAUGGACACCGAUAAGGUUCUGGGGGAGCUGGUGAGGAUCGGUGCCAGUCGGGAGGCCAAGCAGGGGCCAGUGACGACGAUGUCGGUGCUGGUGUCCAGAGGGAACAUCCAGGCCAUGGGCCCCACCCUGCAGCUGCCUGUUACUGUAUCGUCUGCUCAGAGCAGAGAGGAGAGCUGUGAGGAUGAAGACGCCCUGAGACGAGUUGUUAUAGAUGGCAGCAACGUGGCCAUGAGCCAUGGGAACAAAGAAGUUUUCUCCUGUCUGGGAAUCCAGUUGGCUGUGAACUUCUUCAUGGACAGAGGCCACACUGAAGUCACUGUCUUUGUUCCUUCGUGGAGGAAGGAGCAGCCCCGGCCAGAUGUUCCCAUCACAGAUCAGCACAUUCUGCUAGACCUGGAGAGGAGGAAGAUCCUGGUGUUCACACCAUCUCGACGCGUUGCAGGCAAACGGGUGGUGUGUAAUGACGACUGCUUCAUUGUCAAACUGGCCUACGAGUCUGACGGCAUCAUCGUGUCCAACGACAUGUACCGGGACCUUCAGGGAGAGAAGCCGGAGUGGAAGCGCUUCAUCGAGGAGAGGCUACUCAUGUACUCCUUCGUUAACAACAAGUUUAUGCCUCCUGAUGAUCCUCUGGGCCGCCAUGGACCGACCCUGGAGAACUUCCUGCGGAGGUUUCCAAAGAUUCAGAAAAAACAGCCAUGCCCUUAUGGAAAGAAAUGUACUUAUGGAAUCAAAUGUAAAUUCCACCAUCCCGAGCGAGCCAAGCAGUCCAGUCGCUCAGUUGCCGACGAGCUUCGGGAGAACGCUAAGCAUCCCUCAACCGCUCAGAAGCAACCUUCGUCCUGCUCCAGUCCCGUGCCUGGAGAGAGCCUCUCGCUGGUGGAGGACAUGGCGAAGAAACUGACCCUGGGACAUGAGAAUGGCUCUGUAAAGACAGAUCAUAAAAAUGAACUUGUAGCUCAGGUGAAGACGGGCCACCGCUCCAGUAAAAGGGCCACAUCUAGGAAGGACAAGACCAUCCAACACUCGUCCCCUGACCACGGCUCAGUGCAGCACUGUGGCUCCCAGGAGCAGCUGGACUCUGGUUUAGGCUCCAUAGAGAACCAGCCAAUGGAGGCUCCUUGGAGUCUGUGUGAUCACCAGUAUGGGACGACAUACCAGAGCUGCCAGCAUACCCGCGGUGUAAGACAACAGUACUGUCCUCCAAAAAGUGCACCGUGCAGCUGCUGUUCACAUGGCCCUCCCUCUCAGGGGACCGCACCAGCUUUCCAGCACCCCAACCACCAUCACAGCAUCGGGCCAGUCAGCAGCCACAGCUCUGAUAUGAUCCCCUAUGGUCCGCCUCAUUACCCCAGCUACGGUGCAUACCCGGUCGGCUCUCCUUCGUUCAGUCCGCUGACAGAUUUCCAGCACAGCAGAGUCCACAGCCGUCAGCAGCAGAGGUACUGGUCCGACGCGUUCCGAGGUCAUCCUCCAGCGGUCGGCAGCCUACCGGGGGAGCGCUCACAGUGGGAGCCUCCACAGGGGACGCUACCGAGUCACAGCAGGAAGGAGAGAGAGCUUGUCCGGAAGAAGCUCCUCGCCAUCUUCAGUGCCCACUUGGUGGACACGGCCAUGGACAUGUUUCCUCAGAUGAUGGAUCCGCAGAUGCUUGUUGCUGAGAUCCUCAUGCUGCAGAAUCAGAACCGGUUGCUGAGAUGAGACAAGUCCAGCCUGAACCCACGUCUUUCAGUGGAAAGACUGAAAAGGCGGCAGAAAAACAAUGAUAAACAUGAGUUUGUGUAUUUUUGUAUUGUGGUAUCCACCUUGCUCUUAAUUGUAUUUGAAUGCUUUGGAGGUGUCUCGGUGAACUGGAUAAAAUAAGAGGCAUGAUGCAGUUGAUACAAAUUGUAUCUUUAUGUAAAACAUGGAAAGAAAAGUUUAUUUUAAUGCCACCGAACGGGGUUAAAAGGGGUCACACCCUAACACACUUAUAAAGUGCUCUAAGUGUCCACUUUAUUAGGUACACCUGUACAAUCUGAUGCCAUCCAACAAAACUAUUCCGGCAUAAAGUCUACAUUUAUGAUGCCUAUUAUGUUCAAUUUUGUUGACAAUGUCAUAGAGAUGUUACUUAAAUUAUAUGUAUAUUAAGAAAAAUGAGAAACACCUCUCAAUGUGAUGUAGUCCAGUACAACACCUCCUUUAACUAUGACUUUCAUUAAUAGGCAUAUGUAGCAAUUGAAUUUACACAUUUCCGACAGUGUCAAAAACUGAACAUUAUAUGCUUUGUAAAAAUACACAUUAUAGCAGGGCUGCUAUAUUAGAUUGUCCAGGUGUACCUAUUAAAGUGGCCACCCAGUGUAUGAGUGGCAUGGAUGAGAUGAACAUAGAAAUGUCUUUUUGUGUCAUAUUGGCACCGUGCACCAUUUACGCUCUCACAACCAACUACUGCAAACGGUUUGUACCAUAAUGUUGAGUUAUUGUGACGCACAAUUAAUAAAAGUAAUACGUGCAGUGAAUAAUAAUUAAUCUCAGAUAUUGAAAUUUGACACUGAAAACUGGCUUUAUAAUGUUUUAUGUUCCCAGUUUUGUUUAUUUAAUUUAAUGUUUUUGCAUUGGUUUUUACAAUAGUUCGUCCAUUUUGCUCAGCCCUACCAGAGCAUGCACUUGCUGUAACUACCUUACGGUUGACAGAGAGUAGAUUUUCAUUCUUCCAUGACAUAAAUUCUGAGAAAUGAGAUGAUUUGUGACAGUUCAACUUUUGGGAUCGGACCCAAGAUGAAAACAUGACUCUCAGUAGAUCUGCAGAGGACAAUUUAACAACAAUGCACCUGUGUGUAAUUUAUAGUUAAAAUGACUGAUCGAUUUAACAUGACAAAUUGUUUUUAUUUCAAUGUUGAGUAAAGUUACAAAUCUCAUCGUUAUAGAAUAAAUAAACCUUUGUAAUUACAUGUUAUAGUGAGUUGGAACACACUGAGGAUCCAUCCUAAA